UAUUCAUGAAGGGAACUACACUUUAGACCAUGUGCAAGAUGUGGUGGCAAAGGAUCUCAUCGAGUGGAUGAUCAAUAAAGAACCAAAGAGCAGACCUAAGGUGGAAGAAUGCUUGAGUCAUCCCUUCUUCUGGACCAAUGACAGGAAAGUUGAAUACUUGAGAAAGGUUGGAAACAGGAAGGAGGCUGAAGACUGUCGAAAUGCUGACCAGGAACUGAUCUCUUCACUGGAAAAAUGUGCUGAGGAUGGAUCCUUCAAACAGUGGAAAGAUAAGUUUCCACCACAGUUGGUCCAGAAGUUGGAUGGCAAGAAGAAACCCUAUCCUGCAAACACACUGGGAUUACUGCGCUUCAUACGAAACCUCCAUGAGCACUAUGAGGAAGAUGCAGCCCAAGUUGAUGUGAUGAAGAUGUUUCCUGAUCUCUUUGGAUGUGUUUACAAGUUUGCCAAGACCCGAGGGUGGAAUUCAGAGACACCCUUAAAGCAAAUGUUUCAAAGAGAAGACAUCACCACCAGCUUCACAAAGCUGUCCAUAAGUCCUGAGGAGCACCUGACUGUCCCAGUUCAAGAGUCUCUUCCCAGUGACUUGAAGUUAAGUUGAAAUCAAAAAAGAUCAAGGACUUCAAAUGACUUUAGAGUCUUAUUAACAGUCAAAGCUUUGUAUUAACAACAAGCAGUUCUGAUGUCAUAUGGUCCUUUUUGACAGUUAUAGUGUAUCGCCCAUAUGUCAAGGUUUUAGCAGCACAGGGCAACAAGACUGCACAAAAAACAAGUGCCAUGGAUCUUUUUCACACCUGACAUUAUCAGACUCAUAAAAGGAAAAGCACAGUUGUAACAAAUAACAUUAACAAAGGCUGCCCUCUGUUGAAGUGUCCCAGUAAGCCACGACAAUGUGACCAACACCAGGACCCUGAAACUGAAGCAGCUGAAUGGAACUCAGCCAUCAUUCACUUUUUUUAUUUACACCUGUGCUUUUUCUGCUGUGACGUGUCAAAAUGUCUUCUGUGAAAUAAGCCUGUAAGGUUUUGCAUAUCUAUUGUACAUAGUAACUAUUUUCCAAAGGUUAUAAGAUACUGUGCAGUCGUUUAGUUUUAAGAGACUUUCUUUUUACUUUUGACUUAUUUUGAGGAAUUGUUCUUGACCAUUAAUAUUAUUAUUACUAUUAUUAUAAUGUUUGACUUUUUUUGUUUAGAUUUUACUGCUGAUAUAUUUUACCACUAUAGUUAUGUUUAACAUUUUACAGUUUAAUGUUCUUUUAUUCUUGCAUAUUUCCGUCAUAUUGCUACAUUAUAUGGGGGUGGAAGAAAAGGAAAUUUAAUGAAUUACAGUAUCAUAUUUUAUGUUGA